AUGAAUCAGCUGCCACCCUUCCUGCAGCUUACCGUCCCCAAGAGACCUCGAUACUCAACCCGACCAUUCUACAUCACGUUGCUUGUGUUCACAGUCCUAACAACAGCAAGUCUGGUCUUUUCAGGGAGAAAUGAGCCGGGAUCUUUUGCUCAACCGAGUACAGCGGCAGGGCCAAACCUCUUCAAGCGAGAGGGCGAACCAGAGUGCCGCUCGGUUCGCAAUGUGAGAGAUCAAUGUGCAUUCGUUCGCGCCAACUGUCCAGAUCAUGAGGAUGGCUUGAUCUCCUACCUCCAACUCUAUUAUUGCACGCUGGCCGAUGCGAAACCGGUGGCGUUCACGAUUUUGGUUCUCUGGCUAUGCCUCCUCUUCAGUACCAUCGGAAUCGCAGCCAGUGAUUUCUUGUGUAUUAAUCUCAGCACACUGGCCAGUAUUUUGGGGUUGAGCGAGAGUCUCACGGGCGUGACCUUCCUCGCAUUCGGCAAUGGGAGUCCUGAUGUGUUCUCUACGUUCGCCGCGAUGCGGUCGAACAGUGGAAGUUUGGCGAUUGGUGAGCUGAUCGGGGCUGCGACUUUCAUCACCUCCGUGGUUGCAGGCUCUAUGGCUCUGAUUCGGCCGUUCAAAGUCGCGCGUAGAAGUUUCGUCCGAGAUGUAGGCUACUUUGUGGUUGCCGUUUCUUUCAGCAUGUUUCUGCUUGCUGAUGGAAGGCUUCAUGUAUGGGAGUCCGCUGCGAUGGUAGGUCUCUACGUCUUCUAUGUCGUCAUGGUCGUGACUUGGCACUGGUAUCUGGUUCGGCGGCGCCGAAAGAACGAGAGGGACCUCGCAGCGCGAGCCCAUUUCCACAUACCGGACAAUCAGGAACUGGAAAUUGAAGAGGCUGAGGAUGAUGAUCCCGGUGUAGCCUCUGAGUCACGGAGUCUACUUCGCGGGGCCACGACGGAGGAUUUCGAUCUUUUGGAACGCGCCGAUGUUGUCCCUCUCUGGAAAGAAGAGGAUAACGAAGAUGAUGAAACCCGGAACCGGUAUUUAGCCGGGAUUCGCGACAACAUGCACGUAUAUCGUCCCAUGCAAUCGAGACGCAACACGAUGAACCCCAUUCGUGCUAGUAUUGUCGGUGCAUUGGAGUUUCAAUCCGUGCUUAGUUCGCUCCAGAAAUCCAAGAGCACCCAUCGCAAGCCGACAAUAAGUUUAAGAAGCUAUUCAGAUGACGGCGAGUCAGAUUUCGAUACGCGCUCAGUAGCCUCCCAUCCUCGUGCCAGUCGGCCGUUUGGUUCCAACGACCGCCUGUCACCUAACAGUGCAGCUGGUUCUUCUCGAGUUCGAGCUGUGUCAGCAAAUGAUGCCGAUGGCUUGAAGUUGGACGCCAGUAUCCUGGAGCACCGCCCAAAACAAGGUCCACUUCUUACCGUGAGCGGGCCCUCUUACGAGGAUACUCCUGGUCAAAACGCCCUGCAGGCUCGCCAGCUCCCCCGAAUCGAUACUGAGAUAGCGCUCACGGCUUCUCCUUCGAAUUCUACACAUCCAUCGUUGAGUCCAAGUCCGGUUGUUUCACGUCCUGCCUCCCCAGACCACCUCGACCCCUCAGCUGCUUUCCAGGCUCCCAAUUAUCAAGCCACUGGAACAAAUGAACGCUCCCCAAUGUCAGUAUCUCCCGGUGGCCGCACUGUAAACAGUUAUCAUUCUGGCUUUGGCCUAGAAAGCCCUUCAGUGCCUUUCCCAUCCUAUACCGAUUUACCCCCUUCUGCGCCACGACCACCCAGCAUUCGACUCUCAAAUCCAGCAAGCCCCUUGGAACGGCUUCAAGUCCAAGAUGGACAUGAUGAAUUUGCUCAUGUAGGCCUUCCUUUCCGAAAACUCCUAAGGAAAUGGUGGCCUGACUCGAUUCCCCCUCCCCAGCAGAUUGGUUGUACCCUCUUUCCGACCCUGGCAGGCUGGAAAUCCAAGAAUAUCUGGGAACGACUCCUUGGUCUAAUUGCAGCUCCCAGCGUUCUACUGCUUACUAUCACCGUCCCAGUGAUUGAGCCUCAAGGUCCAGAGUCUGUAGAACCAGACCCACUGCCCUCAGUGAUCAUCCAGGAUGUUGGUGAUGGGGACAACCCUUCCCCAAGAGUGAGGCUUCCCGCCGACAGUCCAAUACUUCUUCCCAUAGAACAUAACCAUGCGGGGUCUGCUUCGAAUGCACCAGCACACCCUCACCGCAAAUCCACACACAAACACAGUGGACGUCCACGCUGGGACUCCGAACUCCCAGCCGCCCCACCAGCGGCCGCAACCAUGCCCGUCCAAGCAAAGGAUUGGAACCGCUGGUUGAUCUCAAUCCAGCUCUUCACAGGCCCCUUCUUCGCCGUCCUCAUAGCCUGGACAACCGUGGACGAAGACCGCCACCUCCGCAACCUCCUCCUCCCAUCUCUAGUCUCCCUCCUCUUCUCCUCAAUCUGCCUAACAGCCCUGAUAAUAAGCACCCGCCGCCGAAACAACCCCCGACCCCCAAGCGCAGGCACCUCAUUCCCCUUCCUCUCCCAAGAAACCCAAUCCCAACCCCGCACCCUCCCAACCCCAUGGCAUCCCUUCCUCUCCCUCCUGGGCUUCCUGGUCGCAAUUUCCUGGAUAGCAACAAUAGCCACAGAAGUCGUCUCCCUCCUCAAAACAAUCGGCGUCAUCCUAAACAUCUCAGACUCCCUCCUUGGCCUAACAAUCUUCGCCGUCGGCAACUCCCUCGGCGACCUAGUCGCCGACAUCACAGUCGCAAAACUCGGAUACCCUGUCAUGGCCCUGAGCGCCUGCUUCGGCGGGCCCAUGCUCAACAUCCUUCUUGGUAUCGGUCUGGGCGGGCUGUACAUGACCGUCCACGGCGGGAACGCCAGACACAACGAGGCCGUUGGUUCUGGGCGGGUUACUUACGAUAUUGCUAUCUCCAAGGUUCUUGUUAUCAGCGGGGCAUCGCUGUUGGUUAUUCUUGUUGGUCUUUUGAUUGUCGUUCCAUUGAAUAAAUGGAAGAUGGAUCGGAAGAUUGGUUGCGGGCUUAUGGUUGUUUGGUGUGUUAGUACCUUGGGCAAUGUUAUUGCAGAGCUUCUUUCUUGA